AUGGACAUUCUCAAAAAUAAUUUCCACGAACUUUUGCCAACUAUUACAGAGGCUAUUCAAGGGGCCGAUUUUAUAGCCCUAGAUACUGAAUUAACAGGACUUAGCGAACACAUUGAACGAAUUAAGAGCUUCGAUGAUCCUCGCUCAAGAUAUUUAAAGUUUCUUAUUAUUCAAUUUGGCUUAUGUACCUUUACAUACUCGGAAGAAGAAGAUACUUUUGUUGCUCGCCCCUUUAAUUUCUAUAUCUUUCCAGCUAAUGCUGAUAGAAGAGACUUCAACGAUAUUUGUUUCAUGUGCAGUGGAUCAAGUUUACAUUUCUUGAUGAAAUGUGGUUUUGAUUUUAACAAGUUGAUAUCUCAAGGAAUACCUUAUUUGAAUAAUACGGAAGAAGCAAAGCUUUUACAGAAAAGAGCUGAUAUUGCACAAAGGCAGACAGACAGUCCACCGGAUGAUGAAACUAAA